GCGAUGUGAAUGAAAUUUACGGUAUAAAGUUAUGUGUCAUGUCUGUUGGUGCGGUCGCUGGGCUGGAAGAUUUUUUACACUUUUUUUUCUGUUGAUUGAUUAAAUUCUAAUUGAUACAAAAUAUUUUUUAUAAACUCAGAGAGCUCCUACGGUAGAAAACCAUAGUUCAAUAAUUGGGAAAUGAUCGCCCACUGAUGUGCAUGCAACAUAGUUUUUCAUGUGAUUCCAAUGAACAAAUGAGGAGAGUUGAAAACCAUAUUGAAAUUAUAAAUUCAAUCGUUCAACAAGUGCGAAAAAGUAUUGUGCCCAAUUGAAAUGAAACUAAAUGGAAAAACGGAAAUUGCAAAUAGAGUGUCAGAAUAAUACUAAUUGAUUUGUGCCAAAUAAAUAUACGAAAAGUGUUCCAGAGCAGUGUGAGUUCAAGAAAAGUGGUAACAAGUGAAUGAAAGGUACACGAUACAAGGCAAACAAUAUAAUAUAAAUAAAAAACAAAUAGAUUUUGAUUUGCUGAAUUGACAGAAACUACCAAGAAAAAAUGCAAGCUAUCAAGUGUGUCGUAGUUGGCGAUGGGGCCGUCGGAAAAACAUGUUUACUCAUUAGUUAUACAACGAAUGCAUUUCCUGGCGAAUAUAUCCCAACCGUUUUUGAUAACUAUUCUGCAAAUGUCAUGGUUGAUGGGAAGCCAAUCAAUUUAGGUCUUUGGGAUACUGCAGGUCAAGAGGACUACGAUCGUUUGCGCCCGUUAUCCUAUCCACAAACUGAUGUCUUUCUCAUAUGCUUUUCACUUGUCAAUCCAGCUUCGUUCGAGAACGUGCGCGCAAAGUGGUUUCCUGAAGUACGUCAUCAUUGCCCAUCCACACCAAUCAUUCUUGUUGGUACCAAAUUAGAUUUGCGAGACGACAAAACGACAAUAGAAAAACUUCGCGAUAAGAAACUAGCACCAAUCACUUAUCCACAGGGGUUAGCAAUGGCAAAAGAAAUAAAUUCAGUCAAGUAUUUGGAAUGUUCCGCGUUAACACAAAAAGGCCUAAAGACAGUGUUUGAUGAAGCUAUACGAGCAGUUUUAUGUCCGGUCUUACCACCCAAAAAAAGUCGUAAAUGUGUGUUACUCUAAGUAUGCAACUUCAGGAUCAAUUGGCAACAUCAACGGAAUGACACAGCAAUAGAAUAUCACAAUAAGAGGAAUUUUUAAGAGACCGACAUCAAAAGUAGUGAAAGAAAUUAAUGCUUAUCACCCGUUCAUAACAAUUGAAUAAAAAAUAAAUUGCCGAAUUUUUUGAUAUUUUGACGAAGUUUCACUAUGAAAGAGAAAAACAGAUACAUACACAUAAAAAACAUUUCAAUAUAUUUAAGCAGUAACUUUCAAGAUGUGCACUAAAUGGAAGUACAAUAGUAACGAGAAAAUCCGUUCCUUCUUAUUCAAACAAUGAACUAUGACUAGUGCUGACAUUCGCAAUUUUUUAUUCUUUUUUUCUUCAAAAAUUCAAUGCAAUCAAUGCUUCGGAUGGCCAUAAAAUUGAAUAUUAAAUCGUUAAAAUAUUUUUUUUUCACAAUUUAAACGUAAAUCAUGAAUUUUAUAUGAUUUUUCGAUAUAAAAUAACAAAAAAAGAAAUAACAAAAAAACAACUGCACAAUAUUUGUUAUUUAUAAAAGUGAAGCACAGAGCACUCCGAGUGACUUCAUUAUCAUUUCAUUAUUCUAAUAAAACAAGUAACAAAUA